CCACAUAACUCUUUGAUUCCCAUUACUCAUUUCCACCAUUUCACCUUCUCAAUCUGUUUCUCUGCUUUACUAAUUUGUCCCAAAUCAGAACCAGAUUGAGCUUCUGCACAACCAGACCAGAGAUUCAACGCAGAAACUGUGCUUAUCCCUGGUCCAUAGGAUCUGAUUUGGUUCAUAAGAGAGUAGUACACGUUUCAUUGCUCGAAAUAGAGUUGAAAAAUCUGGAGUUUCCAUGUCUGAGAAACCAUCUUCAUCGUUGACAUCUACCGUAGCUGCUCGAGAAGUUGAUCCCUUGUUGCAGGAUUUGAAUGAAAAAAAGCAGAGCUUUAGGCGCAACGUGGUGUCGUUAGCGGUGGAGUUGAAGGAGCUACGUAGUCGCCUAGCUUCGCAGGAACAAUCGUAUGCUAAGGAAACUCAAACCAGACAGGAAGCAGAGACAAAUGCCAAGAACAUGGAAUUGCAAAUUGGAAGGUUGCAGAAGAAUUUGGAAGAAAGAAAUGAGCAGCUUCAGGCGUCAGCCUCCUCUGCUGAGAAGUAUCUGAAGGAGUUGGAUGAUCUUAGAACACAGCUUGUAACAACAAGAGCAACUGCUGAUGCAAGUGCUGCAUCAGCUCAAUCAGCUCAGCUCCAAUGUUUAGAACUUGUAAAAGAAUUAAAUGAGAAAAAUGGUUCACUAAGAGAGCAUGAGGAUCGUGUCCUGAGGCUAGGGGAGCAACUAGACAAUUUACAGAAGGAUCUUCAGGCAAGGGAAUCUUCACAGAAACAAUUGAAAGAUGAAGUUUUGAGGAUUGAGCACGAUAUUAUGGAGGCUCUUGCAAAAGCCGGAGAGAACAAGAAUUGUGAACUGCGGAAAAUAUUGGAUGAGGUUUCUCCUAAAAAUUUUGAGAAGAUGAAUAAGAUUCUAGGUGUUAAGGAUGAUGAAAUAGCAAAACUUAAGGAUGAAAUUAAGAUCAUGUCUGCUCACUGGAAGCUCAAGACUAAGGAAUUAGAGUCACAGGUAAAGCUAUCUUGGUUUGCCUGUGUGAUGCUCAUUCAUGCUUGUCUUUUUUUGGUGGUUGGCUCAUGUAUUUGUUUUAAAUCACAGUUGGAGAAACAGCGGCGUGCUGAUCAAGAGCUGAAGAAGAAAGUGUUGAAGUUAGAAUUCUGUCUGCAGGAAGCUCGUUCUCAGACACGAAAACUGCAAAGGAUGGGUGAACGACGGGACAAAGCUAUCAAAGAACUGAGAGAUCAAUUAGCUGCAAAGCAACAAAGAGAAGUUGCAGCCGCAGAUAAGCUAAACCAGAAUUUCUGGGACACUUCUGGAUUCAAAAUGGUGGUCUCGAUGUCCAUGUUGAUCUUGGUGGUAUUUUCAAGGCGGUGAAACCAUUCCUAUAUCCAAAACAAUUCUUGUAUAUAGACCCAUAUAUACCUUCAAAUUCUAGGAGUCUAGACAAGUUGUAGAAGCCAUUUUGCGCGGCAGUUUUUAUAGAUAAUCUACUAGCUUUAGCUUGUGCAAAAUGUACGCGUAGCACCAGGAUCAGAAGGCAUUUUUGCGGUGAUCUAUAAAAUUACAUUGCGUAGUUGCAUUUAUACAUUUAUGGCCACAUCAUUACUCUUUGUUGGGCCAGUUGAUGUUUGGUUUUCAUGCAUUUCUCCGCAAAAAGUGAUAUGAUAGCUCUUUAACAUGACCAUACAGUUUCCACCACGCUGAUGCUGGGGUAUAAUCGUUGUGGACCUCGUUCACAAUCUUUUUUCUAUUGAAAAUCAUGGAAAAAACAGCCACUUAAUAAUGUGGCUUAGGUGUUGCCCUGCUGGCAAAUGUCUUAUGUCUACUCUGGUUUGGAUAUUAUAAAAGUGGCUCACAUGCGUCGGAUUAAAGUCAA